AUGGAUACUUCUUGCACAUACGAACAGCCGUCUUAUUCUCCACCACCAACGACUUCAACGCAAUAUUCAGAUCAUCUUAUUCAUGGUAACGAACAACAACAAUUAGUCAUGAUGGAAUUACAGCAAAUGUUUCGUUUGGACAAACCAACUUUAUUACAAAUUGUGGAUUACUUUGACAAGGAACUAAAAGCUGGAUUACUAGAUGACCGUUCAAGUGACCUUAAUAUGAUUCCUACUUUUGUUACUGGACAUCCGACUGGUGGUGAAAAAGGUACAUAUUUAGCAUUAGAAGUAGCUGGAAUGGAUAUAUACGCGUGUCAAGUCAAAUUGAAAGGGGAACAAGGCAAAUUAGCGAUCAAUCAAUAUCAAUACAAGAUUCCUCAAGAUCUAUCAAGCGGAGAUGAUUUUACAGUGUUAGUAGAUUACAUUGUUGAAUGUGUUUCUGAUUUCUUGACGCGCGUGGGUACUCAAGAUCGAUUAGUGUAUCCUAUGGCUGUCUCUUUUGGAUUUGCUAUCAAACAAACUGGUUUAGACAAAGGGAAAAUCUUAUCUUUAGGUUAUGGAUUUAGUUAUCCGAAUGGUGUGGGUGUAGAUAUCGUACAACUGAUGCAUGAAAGGGUCCGACUCAAAUCUUUACCAAUCAAGAUUGUAGCUAUCGCAAAUGAUGCUGUUUGUACAUUACUAGCUCAUGCCUAUCAACAUCCUUCUACACGAAUAGGUAUUGUACAUAGUUUAGGGACAAAUUGCGCUUAUUACGACAAAACUCGAAAAGUCACCAAAUUGAAAAUACACAAUACUGCUACUAUCGAGUCAGAAAUGAUUAUCAAUACAGAAUGGGGAAAUUUUGGCUCUUCAAGGCGAACCUUACCUUGUACCUGGUUUGAUCGGAAAUUGGAUCGUGAAUCUAUUAAUCCACAAUUCCAUGUAUUUGAAAAGAUGACGACUGGUGUAUUUUUGGGUGAAAUUGUACGCAUCAUUUUGACAUAUCUUGUUGAUCGGGAUUUACUGUUUCGUGGCGAAUCAUCACCUAUGCUGAAUACACCUUAUGGUUUCGAUACUAGUUACAUGUAUGUGUGUGAAGUGGACCAAUCUCCGGAACUGGAUGAUACUAGGAUUAUCUUGGAAGAUAUGAUGAAUUUGACAAGAACGUCUUUAGCCGAUAGAGAAAUUGUGAAGAAAGUUUGUGAAUUAAUUGGAACAAGGGCUGCCAUAUUGGUUGGUACUGCCAUUGCUGCUGUGGUACAACAUAUGGCAAUGUCUGAUGUGGGUUUAGGGCCAAAUGAUGAUGGAUGUGCUAUAUGUAAGUGA